AUGGCUGCUCUGGUCCAAACUUACCCUCAGCAAAGUGGAACAGUAACGUUGCUUCAGACCAGACCCAACACGACUUCAGGAAUAAUGCCGCCGCCCUCGGGAAACCAGCCUAACCAGGCGUACAUAAGCAACCAGCAGAGGAACAACUAUCAUACGUUGUCUGGUAGUGUUGGAGGAGGAUCGAAUACCUAUCGUGGUAACGCACCAACUCCUGUUCAACCAUACGCAUUUACAGCUACGCCCAGUCUUGCUAAUGGCGGACAACGGCCACAAUACGGCGCUUAUCGUUCAUCAUCGAGCGUACCCAAUAUGCAGAUGGUAGAUCCGAAUGCCGCAGCUCGCUCUCGUUAUCCCACAAACUCGAACUCGCCGGGUAGUAGCUCUAGUCAAGCUGUAAUGUCUGGCGGACAUCCUCAUGAUGACUCGCGGACUAUAUCUGCUUCUGGGCCCCGACCUCAAUUACCUACGUUGAAUCUUUCGGCUAACCAGCCGACAUUCGCCCAAGUCGCUGCUGCGAAACCUUCACCGGAACGAUAUAGGCGGCCAUCUCCAAGGUAUACAGACUCGUCACCUAGUGUUCCGCAGGUGCAACAACCGCACGGUUCGGCAAUGCCAUCGGGCUCUGGCAUGGCUACCGUUGUCCAUCUUUAUAAUCCCCGAGCUAUGCCAGAUCGGAAAGCAGGGACGACUAGAAAUCCCGUUUCACUUGCGAAUAGGCCGCAUAGUGCCUACGGUACCGGAGUAGCGAUGGACGAUAUGCAGCUAUACCGACAUCCCACCGAAGAAGAAGCUAAAAGAUACCGGCGGCGUAGCAUACAUUCAAUCAAUUCUUCCGAUUACCCCAACCCCCUGACCCCGCAGGAAUUCAAGAAGCAAGCGGAGGAGACAUUCCGCCUGGAAGCACUAGCCGCCUCGAGGAAGCAGGGUGGGUUAGAUAAGGAUCAGAGAAAUGCUGCACGGAGCAGUCCUAGUCUUUCUGUUGUUGAUAAAAAUACAGUGCGGACUAGCAACGGCAGUUCUGAAAGUCUCGUUUCGAGUGGGAGCAGCAGUUCUAGGCCAUCUUCAUCUGCCAAUCGAAGCUCCAAUGCAUCUGCCCCCACGGCCAGCCCCGCCUCCUCCACAUCUACAGAAAGGAAAUCUGGACAGGAUCAAUCAAAGCAGGUUAACAUACCGCCUCGCGGCUCAUCAUCAACUGAUGUCGGAAAACGAAUUACAAAUCCAUCUCCGUUAUCGAAGCCGGUAACCAUGGCUCCCGGGUCCUCUUCUGAUGACUCGGCAGCGCCUGCCCGUGCACCGGAGCCGGCUUCAACUAAGCCUUCAACGCCUUCUCCUAGUUUAAUAACGGAUAGUCCCGCAGCUAAGCAUCUCGCUGCGAUUAACGAGAAAGGCGGGAAGUCGAAGACCAAGACGUCGCGAUUAAGACGAGCCUUUUCUUUUGGGAGCGCUGCCGAACUCCGCAAAGUUACCGGACAGGAUAUCACUUCUGACGCGGGAAAGACAUCGCAAAAUGAGCCGUCCAAGUUGCACAAGGAUGCCCAGCCUGUGGACCUCUACGAGGCGGAACAAGCACGGAUUGCACAGAAGCAGGAGGAGAGUGGUAUCGGUAGUAGCAUCUACGCCGGUACCAAACUAUUCGCGGGAUCAACGGAUAACCUUUCGAUUUCCUCGACAGCAUCUUCUGCGUCGAUUAUGCUCCGCAAGAUGGGACGGGGAAUGAAGAAAAGCGGUAGAUCGUUAGUUGGAUUAUUUAGGCCUAAAUCGAUUAUCGGAGCGCCCGGUGAGGAUAUGACGAUACCCGAGGGUUCUCAAGCGGCUGUGUCGAUGGUUACGGUUGAAGCUGAGCGCGAGCGAGUCAAUGCCAAUUCCACCGCUUCGCAACUGGCCCCUACCUUGCCUCCUUUAGAGACUGGUAACGCGGAAAUCUCUGUUGAUGGUCAUCCUUCCGACUAUCUAGGGAACUCGAACCUUGACAAUUCGGCCUCGAGGAAAAGCAUUGUCGGCGGUGAGAGGGAGCGAGCCGAAGUCCUCGCUACUAUCCGGAAGGGUAUUCUGAAGACUCGUAGCAAUUCACCUAGUUCUUCCGGAGGCCCCGGCCUCGAUCUCCCAGGAAUUCCCAACGUCUCUAACUCUCCUAGCUCUACCACUCCUAGUACUCCAAACGACGAUCAGGGCCAAGCCCAUAAGCGAAACGAAACUCUUACCAUCGGCAACGAGGAUUAUUUUGUAUCAGCGUUACGCCUUCGCCAAGACACGAAGAGUGCGCCGACGACGCCUCAAGGAAUAUCCGGCAAACGAAAUGCUACCUUCAGCCCGCGGAUCGUGUUCUACGACACGUGGCCGAGCGGAGAGUACGACCGCCGUGGUGAUAUUGCGACCUGCAAUCGUCUAACGCCCAUGCUCGCUCAGCAGAUCAAGGAGGAGUUGAACACUUUCAAAAUGGAAAUGGAGGUUCAUGAGACGUCCAAGGUCUAUACGCACUUUUUCUAA